CUCCUGUUAUCGGUUAUCGAUAACUCGCCAGAUGGUGCCGGUUGUUUUUGGUUCUCUUUUUGUUUCGUAAUUAAUAAUAUUGUGGGGAGCUGAAUGAAAUAGGGCGAAAUGCAGCGAGCACGCCUGUUAUCCGGUGUGUGCCUGCGCUGGCAGCGUAUGCUGCAGCUCCCGACACGGACCGCCACCUGGGGAAGCCAGGGAUUCCUUAAGACCACAACGUCCAGCCGGCUGAAUCUGGACAUCCCACAGCGGAACCUGAGCUUCGGAAGUGCUGCCUGGAACGCAGCGGACAGGAGGAGCCGGGCUAGAAAUCCUAAAUCUUCUCCAGCGAGGCCAGUCGACGUGGAACAGUUGUGGACGCAGCUGGACUCCUAUUACAAACAAAACAGCCUGAUCAGCUUCGAGCAAUGCCAGAGGUUUGUGGAGCAUCUGCAGCAGUCCCACAACCCGGAGGGUGUCACCGUCGAGCAGCUGCACUUUCUUCUCGGAUCCUGCGUGCCCGAGCUGUUGCCCGCCCAGAGCAGCCAGGAACGACUGCAGCUUUUCCAGAGCUUGUGGGCACAGUUGUUGAAACUGGGCCAGCCUACCUUGGCUCACUACCACACACAACUGGAGGUGCUGCGUCAGAACCGCCUCCCACUGCCGGACCAUCGUUCACUGCUCGCCGAGAUUGCCGUCUACCAUGGACCGGCCGAUGCCUCGCUUUACAGCGCCCUCCUGGCUGUGGCGUGCUCGGCAGGAAACAUGCGGCAGGCCACUGAGCUCCUGGCCGAGAUGCGCGAACGCAGCUUCGCUCUCACUGAACACAACUUCCACUCCCUGCUCCUGGGCCAUGCUCGCAACGGGGAUCUUACCGGAACCGAGUCGGUUCUGUCCAGCAUGCGAGCCGCUGGCAUGCCCCUGGGCACGAGUACGCAGGCUCUGCGCUUUGAGGCUCUCGUGGCUAACGGACAGCUGGACCAGGCCAAGGAUGUGGUGCAAUCGGAGACGGAUUUCACGGCAGCCCAGCUGCUGCAGAUGCUCAGGGCUGUCCUGGCUGCCAAGGAGGUGGACAUGGAGCUGGUGCAGCUGCUGGUGAAGAAGCUACCGCGGGACUUUCUCACCGGGCUCGAUUUGCCCUUGGCAUUACGGAAUCUGUGCAUCCAGCUGGCGCAUAAUGACCGCGCCGAAGUCGUUCUCCAGCUGGUGGCCGCUCUCCCGGCUCCAAAGUUCGAAGCAUCCAACCAGAACGUGGAUGAGUAUGCGGCACAGCUGCUUCUGGAGUUCUUCCGUGCCAGUGUGCCUCUGAACCUGACGCUUCAGUUCGCCAAGGAACUAGUCCAGCGGGGUCAGAACCCUUGGGCCCUCCACAUCGUGACCGAACUGGCGCUGCGCCGCCUGCCCUCAGCAUCUUUGAAUUGUCUGGAGGAGCUGUCUGCGGCUGGGCAGGAACUGAGACCGCACUACUUCUGGCCCCUGAUCCUGCACUAUCAUAGGCGCGAAGGAGAGAGCGGGAUGCUCCGGUUGGUUGGCGAGAUGAAGCGUCUCAAAGUGGAGUGCGACGAGGAGACGCUGCGUAGCUACCUACUGCCGAACCUCAAGCACUCCCUGGCCCAGCCGCUGGAAGCUUUGAAGGCGCUGGAGACGGCGGGUGUGCGACCCUCGCAGACGCUGGUCCUGGUGAUUGAAUCAAUACUCCUGAAUCACCAGCAGCAAAUGAACGACGUCCUGGAGCUGCUGAAGCGGUAUCCAACUCGGAUACAAGUCUCCAGCCUGAUCCAGCCACUGUCCUCAUUGGCGGUGAACGCGAGAGCCACCAAGCGGUUCGAGCAGUUUGCCCAGGUGGUCCAGGCGCUGCAGCAGAGAUCUCUCCAGCCGCAGGAUGACUUUGUGGGUUCGCUGCUGCUGCAAAUGUGUGGUCCUCAGUCCCGUCUCAGCCAGGAUGUGCCCUCGCUGGCUCGCUUCGUUCAUGAGCUGCGCCGCCUUAAACUGCAGCUCUCACCGUCGGCCGCCGAGUCGAUACUGUCCCUGGCACGCCAAGCCACGCAGGACCACGAGCUGCUCCAAGCACUGGGCAAGGCAUUGCAGAAUAUGCACAAUCCCCAGUUGGUGCUGGCGGCCGACCUGACUGCCAAUGGAGGCUUCAUCAAGCAUCCGCGUGACAUGAGUCUGGACGAGCUGGAGUGCCAUCUGGUGGAGCUGGAGGCCAAGCAGCUGAAUCCACGCGGUGUGCUUCGCCGCCUCCUGCAGCUCUCGGUGCGGAGCGGUAGACUGGAGCGGGCGCAACAGCUCCUGGCCAAGUGCCAGGCCCUCAAGGUUCAGCACAGUGCCGGGAUGUUGGCCUCUAUUCUCGAUUUGCACAUCAAGCUGAAGGAUCUGCCGCGUGCCCAGGAGAGUCUUAAGCGCCUGCAGAGCGUCUAUCCAGCAUUCCAGAUUGACGAGCACAAGCUGAUCGACUUUGCCGCCCUCCUCGUCCACUACGAGCAGCUGGAGGUGGCCAAGCAGAUGCUCCAACAGCGUUCAGAGCGGCACAAGAUCGUCGGCGGCGACUACGUGAUCAAGAACGUCUGGCAGCUGCUGACCAACGUGGCUCAGAUGUCGGCGAAGGUCAACUCGAACCAAAAACCUGAUGAAACCGAAGCCAAACGCCCCAAUCUCACCUACGAAACGUUGGAGUACCUACGGAAGUUGGGAUACUGCCAAAUGCACAACGCUCUCCUCGGACCAGUGGUACGUGAGUGGCUGCUGCGCGGGGAUCUGGAGUCGGCAGUGGCCGAGUUUCAACGCCUGGCCACCACCCACCGGCACACACCACUCCAGUUCGAAAUUCUGUCGCUGUUGGUGCGCCUGGGUAACGGAGAUCAGGAGGAGCUGGCUCGCUAUCCUGGCGCAACGGCGGAGUCGGCACAAAAGUAUUUGGGAACGGUGACGGCCACCGUUAGCAAGAUCCAUGGAGCGGCGAACAUGAACAGCGCCCUGCUACUGGCCCUGGCGGAGUCGGGAACAGAGUCUCAGCUGCGCCGGCUGAUCAUCAACCCGGAGUUCCGGCUAAACCACGAGCUGCUGGUGAAGAACUGUGAGCACCUGGGUCAGGAGGGUGCGGUGCGAACGCUUCUGCGUUUGGCCAGAGGAGUGCGCGGUGUCCAGAGGACCAUCGACGAGCAGCGGAUCUAUGACUUGCUGCUGGCCCAGUUCAGUCGGGCCAACGACUUUGAGGCAGCGUUGGAUCUCUUCGAGCGCCUGGAGGCGGACGACGAACUGAAGGUCUCCCAGGAGUUCCUGCGCAACUUGGUGCAGCUGCUCCAGGUGAACAACGUGGAAAUACCCAGCGGAAUAGCCUUAAGGGCCCAAAUCAGAUAGUAGGAUUAUCAUCUACCUCUAGUUCUUAGUCCUUGUUCCUAAGGUGCUACUUGUUUGACAUUUAAGGCAUUUUCAGUAAAAGUUAAAGCUAUCGUUUUCCCAACA